AUGGCUUUCAAGCUCGCCGCUCUUCUCUUUGCCUCCGCUGCCAUGGCCGCCAAGAUGGGCGACUCUGGUACCCUGUCUUCACUGGACGCUGGACUCGGCGGUACAGUUGAGGUCGUCAGCGACACUGAACUCAAGAUCACCGACUACGAACUCAAAGACGCAUCCGCACCUGCUCUCUACUGGUGGGGAUCCAAGACUGAAGAUCUCUCAUCCGGCUUCCGUAUCAACAAAGAGCGCAUCAGCGACACCUCUUCGAAGAUGGACAUCAUGGUCAAACUUGAUGCUGGCCAUACUGCAAAAGACUUCUCUUACGUUGGUCUGUGGUGUGAGAAGUUUGACGCCAACUUUGGACAGGCAAGAUUGACAUCUGAUGGCGGCUCUAUGAAUUCGACUGACGAGAUGGAUACAAAGAAAGAUGACAUGAAGAAGGAUGAGAUGAAUGGCGCGUCGGGUUGUCCCACUGGUCAACCUGCCAUGGUUUUGGCUAUCCUGAGUCUGCUUGCUUUCUCUGCCUACUUUGCUUGA